CUUCGACGACCGGCGCGGAAAGAAUUAAGGUGUUUUAGUGCUUAAAAAUGUGAAAAGUGCUUAAAACUUUUAGGAUGGAGUCUUAACUACUUCGUCUUUUAUGGAUGCAGAGUUGACUCUCAGCUCGUCUUGUGGAGCGGGUGCGGCCCAACAUGCCCGGCGACGGGCUGGGCCGAGGUCCGUAGCGUCGAGGCCGAAGGGCCCCAAGGGUCGGGGGCUGGGGCCGAGAGUUCGGCCGAGGCUUCGCGACGAUGCAUCUACCAUGGCUCGGCCUGGUCGCCCUCGCUCUCGCGGGGUGCGUAAGCCAAGGCCGAGCGGGAGACCUGACGAUGGGAUGCCUGCUCGACGCCGGCGUCUGCGCGGUCGGCGAGGAGUGCUACGACGACCAGGUGUUUGGGCAGUGCUUCAACCCGCUGCAGAGGCGCCGCAGCGACAUGAAGCCGUACCGCUGGCUGGACAAGCCCGACGUGGACCUGAUCGAGCGCUACCUCUCCACGCUGCUCCAGCUGGGCUACUACUGGGAGGACGGCUUCAUGCAGUGCGUCCUGCGGAUCCUCGUCAACGGCGUGGAGACGCGCACGUAUAACAAGGACUUCAGCCCCUGCAAGCCACUGCACGGCCUGAAGCACAGCAAGCAGAAGCAGAACUUGAAUCAAGUCGGCGGCGCCGGCGACCGCUUUGAGGACCGCGGCGAUGCCUUGCCGUACGAAGCCAGCAUCCGCUUCUCUCCAUCCAGCGGCCAGUUCGCGGACGAAGUGUUCUACCCAUCGGACUCGGCGCCGCAGCGCUCCAACAACUUUAACAAGCUCAUCAUGACCAUGGCGGCGAUGCCGCGAGCCCGCGGGGACGACGACGACGAGCCCCUGGGCGGGCCUGGCGCUUCGCAAGGCCAUCGCCUAGGGUUGCCACUAGGCCUGGCCCAGAGCAAGCGGGGCGGGGCUGCGAGGGGCCCCAAGCAGGACGGCAACCGGGCGAUGCGCAAGCUGAUGAACGUCGGCAACGUGGAGCAGGACACCACCCUGCCCUUUCUGGACAGGCGCCGCUUUCCCCCGGAACGCGGCACGGUGCGCCAUGAGGACGACGACGAUGACGCUUCGGCCAUCUCUGAGCUGGCCAUGAUGCUGAUGGAGGCCGAAGAACAGGCGGCCGAGGCCCAGGCGGAGGCGCAGGCCGAGGCCCAGGCCAACGAGGUGGACGGCGACGAGGACCUGCACAUGUUCUCGGCGCACUACAACACCCCCACCUCGUUCCGCCAAGGCCUGGAGUACCGCGGCGAGGCCGACUCGGCGCUGCCCUUCCUCAACGAGGCCCUGCCCGAGGUGGUGGCCGUGCCGCGCGUGGUGGAGGCCGGCGACGAGCCGCUGCUGCUGGAGGACGUGUGGGACCUGCAGGAGGCGCAGGAGCCCGGACCGUGGUCGGGGCCGGAGCCAGCGCCUCGCGGCUUCAGCAAGCUCUACAACACCCCGGACUCGUUCCGCGCCGGCCUCGAGACCAAGGACGUGGCCACCGAGCCGGGCUUCAUCAACGACCAGGACGACGACGGCGAGGGUGACAUCGACCCGGAGGUGUGGAUGGACACCGACGUGGAGCCCGGCGGCUUCGGCCCGCUGGCCAGGAUGCCGCUGACGGGCGGCCCGGUGUUCAUCCGGCCCAACCGCCGCGGCUCCGCCGACGAGGAGGCCGUGUCGUCCGUGGGGCAGCCCGAGCAGGAAGAGCAGCUGGUGCAGCAGACGCAGCCCGACGCGCACUCACGCCAGCGCGGCCAGCAGGAGCAGGCGAGCGAGGAGCGCGCCGAGGAGGCCGACCAGGCCAUGAAGGAGCUGUCGCACCUGCUGGAGCGCUACCCGGCCGACGACAAGAACAGCGUCCCCGACGAGAUCCAGGCGGAGGAGGACGCCGUCGACCGCGCUGGCCCCGGCGCCAUGGGCAGGGCCUACACGGAGGGCGGCCUGGUGUUCCUGCCGGACCAGCAGACCGACCGGCCCGACACGCUGGAGGGACGCAGCCUGGACGCGCUGCUCAAGGAGUGGCGCGGCUUCGAGCGCCAGGAGCGCCUGGACGUCAAGAAGCCCGGCCCCAGCUACAACGUCAACAACUACUUCUUCCAGCGGGGUCACGACGAGGAGAAGCGGUCCGGCAGUGUGACGCAGAACGAGGUCAAGGGGGAGCCGCGCUACGAAGCCAUCCACGCCUCGCCGCCCCACAAGAAGCCGCCAUACUCCGACGACAUGGAGGCGACCCGCAGCCACAACAUCGUCAGCGUCAAGUUUAAGAACGGGGUGUCGACCUGGGCGGACGGGGACUCACUCAUCAAUGUGCUCGCGGCCACUCUAAACCAGAUGCCCUCUGCGUUCGGCAUGCGCCGUAUAACUCUCAACGAUGCUGUGUCGUUCAAAGUGAACCCCGCAACCUCCACCCUCAACGCUUCGGAGGUGGCCCGGCAGAUAAUGGAGAACAAGGAAGAGAUCAAGAAGAGGACCAGCGUGGACAUCCAAUCAGCGACGGCCGGCAGGACACAGAUGCCGCUGGUGCAGAGCAGCCCCGCCGUGGGCUGGCAGUCCGACGCGCUGCUGCUGGGCAGCGUGGUGCUGGGCGUGACGCUCUCGGCCGCCGUCAUCUCGGCCGUCACCUACUACGCGGUGCAGCGCGUGCAGCGGUCGCGGGAGAAGCUGCGCGGCAUGGCGGCCCCCGACACCGAGGCCAGCAAGGACUACCAGGACCUGUGCCGCGCGCGCAUGGCCAAGAAGGCCGAGAACGAGGCGCGCGCCCACCCGGACCCCAUGCACGUCGACCAGCGCCUCGCCAGCCUGUCCAGGGAGUCGGAGGGCUCCAACAACUCGCCCUCGUCCCGCUCCUCCACCAGCUCCUGGACGGAGGAGCCCGCCCUCACCAACAUGGACAUCUCGACCGGGCACAUGGUGCUGGCCUACAUGGAGGACCACCUGAAGAACAAGGACCGCCUGGACCAGGAGUGGCAGGGGCUGUGCGCCUACGAGGCGGAGCCCUGCGCGGCCACGGUGGCGCAGAAAACUGAGAACGCGAAGAAGAACCGCUACUUCCCGCACGUGCUGCCCUACGACCACUCCCGCGUCGUGCUGAACGAGCUCGCCAACGCCACCGGCUCCGACUACAUCAACGCCUCCACCAUCACGGAUCACGACCCGCGCAACCCGGCCUACCUGGCGACGCAGGGCCCGCUGCCGCACACCGCCGCCGACCUGUGGCAGCUGGUGUGGGAGCAGGGCAGCGUGGUCAUGGUCAUGCUGAGCAGGCUCACGGAGAACGGCACGGCCAUGUGCCACCGCUACUGGCCCGAGGAGGGCUCCGAGCUGUACCACAUCUACGAGGUGCAUUUGGUGAGCGAACACAUCUGGUGCGACGACUACCUGGUCCGCAGCUUCUACCUGAAGAACCUCAAGACGGGCGAGACGCGUACGGUGACGCAGUUCCACUUCUUGUCCUGGCCCGACCACGGCGUGCCCCCGAACACCAAGCCUCUGCUGGACUUCCGCAGGAAAGUGAACAAGUCGUACCGCGGUCGCUCCUGCCCCAUCGUGGUUCACUGCAGUGACGGUGCGGGCCGCACGGGGACGUACUGCCUCAUCGACAUGGUGCUGAACCGCAUGGCCAAGGGCGCCAAGGAGAUCGACAUCGCGGCCACGCUGGAGCACAUCCGAGACCAGCGCGCCAACAUGGUGGAGUCCAAGGAGCAGUUCGAGUUCUGCCUGCAGGCCGUGGCCGACGAGGUGCACGCCAUCCUCAAGGCCCUGCCGGCGCAGCCCACCCCGCCGCCCACCGCCGUCGCCCCGCCCCCCACCUCCCCGGAGAAGGAGAAGGAGAAGGAGAAGCCCAAGAAGAAGGCCUAAGGGGAGGCCGGCCGGCCGGGUUGAUCUCUCUCUCGCAUCCCGGUGCUGCUUAACCCUUCCCUGUUUCCUUUCCAUAACAGAAUGAUCUAGUCGUUAUCAUAGUCUCAGUCCUACUCCUUGCAGUGCGCCGCCCUUGCGCGCGCGACUCCUUGUAUCUAUCUAUGUAUAUCUCUCUGUGUCGCUCUCUGAGCUACGAGCUCCGGCGUAUGACGUAUCACUACUGUUAUUAUGACAUGUUUUUAAUUUGUGUGUGAACCCUAGUUUGUGCAUGCAGGUUCUGAUUUUCAAUUACUAAGGCUGCUUACAAGCAGGAUAUAUAUUCUAGAGGCAGGUUUGCCUAUUCAUCUAGGUAAUUAUUCAUUGUGACAAGUAUUGCUAUCUACUUCCUUUGUCACUUGAGAAAGUGUAACAUCUCUUCUAUGUUUAUUAUGAAUAUAAGCUUCUUAAGACCUAGAGCUAAAGUCUCUCUACCUUCUUGAAAGCACUUUUAGUAAGUUCCGUCUUAGAAAGUCACGAGAAGCCGUAGCUUUAGUUCAUUUAGCUAAUGUAGAAGGAAGGCGUCAUUCAACAAAACUUAUACAAACCAAAUCCAAUCCAAUAUUGUUUUUAUUUCCUUAAAAAGCCAAAUUUAAUAGUACAAACAGAACUGCUUCUGUGUUUUUUUUUAUUUAAUGUUUAUUUAUUUUUAUGUAAGUUUUCUUAUUUUGCAUUUUCUGUGUUUAUGUCAAUUAGAUGUUAGGUCGAGUAGCACAAGAAAAAUGAUCUUUGUUUGUUUUGUCAAAUUCAUGUGAAGCAUAUGCUUACUUUCUAAUUGACUGAGGGGAUCCGCUUAAAUGCGCUGUUCCUUUCUGGAGAGAAUAGAAAACUGACACCUAACUUCUUUCUUGAUGUCAUAGAAUGUCAUGACAAGUCCACUCCUAAAAGUUUGAUGUUGUUUUUUUUCUCUUGCUAAUUUCCUACAUGGAUUUCUUGACCAGCUCAUUGGCUGGCUGUCUACACUUAUAUUAUUGUUGGUUGGAACUUCCCCCUUUUUUCCUGUGACAUUUAUUUAUUGACAAAGUUUAUCAUUGCACUGGUAAAAGACAUUCCUUAUUUAUCAAUAUGCAGUAUUCCAUAAUAUUUUCUUAUUGUCUCAUUCCUGAUAUGUAUGACUUAUUAUUAUUAUCCACAACAUUUGCUGGCCUAUUUAUGCAUAGUAGAGAAACAUUGUGUACGCAUAUUUAUUCUAUUUUAUUCCCUCAGAAAGAAGAUAUUGGUUUGUUUCUUUGUAGCUUAUCAUGGAAUGUUUGCUUUCUUUAGAAAGGAACGAUAUUGUGAUGGAAAAGUGAUGGCUUUGCUUUAUGUGAUGAUUUAGAAUGCCAAAAUCUGACAUCUUUCAGCGAUACGCUCUGAACUUCGGAAGUUCAAGCAUCUUAAAGUAAUGGAUGUGGAAGGACGGGAUGAGUUGAUAACAUCUAACGGUAGUAAGUUGAAAUUUAUUGUUUUUUACUAUGGUAAGAGAUUGUGGAAAGUUAAAUGAAAAAGGAUUGAUCUUGUUCGAUGUUUUUCGAUUGUCUGUUUGAAUGUUGGACUGAUCAAGUCGCCUCCACUUUCUGUCCAACCUUCCAAUUAAUUAUCUUGUUGUAAGGUACAUUAUCUCGAGCAAGAUCUCAAGAAAACGACUACACUCUAUUACAUUUUAAAUUCAAAUACAUAGUAUUAUUUAUUUUUAAAUGAAUAUUGUAAUUAUAUGACAAAGUGCUGGCGUGAAUGAGAAUAGGAUGUGUGCUUCAUUAAGUGUAAAAAGGCUUAUCAAGAUUUUAUUUUCAUGAUUAAUUUUGCUGAUGUUGAGUGCAGUUCCUAAAAUGUCAAAAUUUUGCUCUGCUGCCUGCCUUAAUCUGGAAACCAACUUAGAGCGCUGUAAACUUCUGUCAUUCACAUAGUAAUCUGUAUUUUUUAGAAAACUUAAAAAAAUUGUGGUGGUCUCUGGUUUAAUGCACAAAUCUUCCCGAAUGGCGAAGGAGUGCGUGGUGGCCUGUCUACGUAUUCGGGAAUGCUAGUACCGAAUGACUUGAGGCAGAGAGCGUUUGCCCAGAUGGCGGCAUGUAGCGGCAUGGCGGCGGUCGACUGGCCUGGGAAUGCUAGUACCAGGUCCAAGUCGCCCAGGCGGCAGGCUAGGCGGCCCCUUGGGAAUGCUAGUACCAAGUGAGUCCGUCGGCGGGCGCUUUAGGCGCAGGAGAUUCUUUCGUUUCCGCUUCCCUUCUGUUCUCGUCUCUUGCCCGUCUCUUUGCGUAGUAGUUCGGUGUGGGAUCGAGUAGAGUACUUCUCGCAGUUGAUUUGAGAUUCGACUAUUUAAGACUGAAACUCCCGCACAGCUGAGGGCAUUUUUAUUUUCCACCCCUUUUGCAUAGGGUUGGGGUCGGUGCUCUCCGGACGAUGAGGUUCACGCCGUCCCUCCCUCCUUCGCCUUCUCCCCGUUUCGUUGGUUCGUUGGUUCGUGACUGGGUCCCGUCGGCACUAUGCAGCUCGCCCGGCCACCUCUCGGGUCCUGUGGUGGUCGGGGCGACCCGCAUGGCGUCGCCGUCGUCACCAGCGCGUUGUCAGUGACGCCGUGACACCAGGGCGUUGACGUCACUCUGUCCGCCCCGUCGGCCCCGUCGUCUCGCCCUCUCCGCCUGCUCCGCGUCAUGCCCGCGUCAUCGGGCGGCCCCGUGCAUGCGGCAGAGUUUUGGGCACUUGUGAUGCUUUCGGCUUGGAAAACAGUCGGAUAGAGACCCUUCCCUGCAUGGCACGCCGCACGUGGCACGCGGGCCGCCCCGAGCGUUCCGCCGCGACGGCCGCGACGGCGUCUUCACAGUGUCGUGACGUCGCCGUGACGUCGCCGUGACGGCCGGCCCCGCGGGCGUGACGCGUCCGAGUCGUCUUCGGCUGAGCUCGCGGAGACGUGGCUGCUGACUUCGCUGGGUCCGUUCGAGUCUCUUCCUACUUCCGGUUUCCCCGCUUCUGUUCGAGUUUUUUCCCACUUCCGGUCUCCUAUUCCCCCGUUCCGUUCGAAUUUCUCCCCACUUCCGGUCUUCCCUGUGAGUCCGCCUCGUCAACCGAUUCCGGCAGUGGCUAUCAAUUUCGGGACGUCAUGAUGCUAUUGGACUUCGUGUUCGAUUAGAAUGUCCGCCUCUACAUGUAAAGUCAGACAAUGUCGGAAAUGGUUGCUAAAACGAUUUUGUCAUUCACCUCUUUUAGGAGAUUUCUUUCAUUUUAUCAAAAUUUAAAUUCCCCCGGCGUGUUGGGUUGGCAUGCUUGGUUUCUGCUUCGCUUCGCGGUCUUCGCGGCCCGCUUCACGGUCUCACAGUGGUUACCAGGGGACGUGUGAUGCUAUUGGAUUGACCGUUCAAUUAGAGUCUCCACAUUAACAUAGCCCACCGUGGACCGUUAGUCGAUAAGAAAAAUGUGGCGAAAGGGAAGGGUGUUUUAGGUUGAUCACUAGUGAUCUGGAAUGUUGAACAGGUGUCUAGACGAUUCCGACCUCAUGCUGAAAAUGGCGAGUAUCUCGGGCGAACGUGUGAUGCCAUUGAACUUUAUGUUCAAUCAGAGUUCCGUCCCGAUGUUUUAUACGAGCUAUUUUCAAAGGCGGGAUGCACCUGAGGUAGUCGGUAUGCUUAUGGUGGAGCGCAGAGGACUGCAGUGGAACCUUCGGGGGCAAGUGAUGCUAUUGGAUCUGGAGAUCCGAUUAGAGCUCUCUUAAAGCAGACCAUCUGUGGGUAAACUCUGGCCUCCAUCGGUUGCUUUCAUCUCGCGGUGGUGUGUUUAGUGUAAGCUUCAUUUGCGGGGCGCCUUCUUUUUGGACGGUAAUUUGGAAAGCCUUAUCGGGUCUUUUGUUUGAAACGGCGGAAGGGAGUAUUAUGGGGACAUGUGAUGCUAUUGCUCCUCAGAGAGCCAAUUAGAGUCCUCGGGGAGAAGCGCAACUCCGCCGUUUCCUGUUUUCAAAAUUGUCUUUCUAGUUUGCAGAGCAAAGUUCGGGGACGUAUGAUGCUAUUGGAUUUCCUCGGUGUGUCCAAUUAGAGUCCCUUAUAGAGAGGAUCGCGAACUAACCUUUUGGAAAACCCAUUCAUUUUCCGACAAGUCUUCCUCUUGCCUCUGAAAAGUAAGGUGCGCCUGCGCCGCGAACGCUAGUUGCUUCUCGCCGUCUCCCCGUUUUCCGGGCUGACUGUGACAAGCGCCAUCAGUGGUACUUUUGGGGACGUGUGAUGCUAUUGGAUUUCGUAUUCAAUUAGAGUCUCUUUGAAGAAACCAACCACUGCAGGGCGAACUUGUCUCCGUCGCCGCACGGCCGGCACGGCCCUAGAACGCGCGGGGAAAGGGAUUUCAGUUUCGUUUGUUUAUGUUUUGGCGCGCUUUGCUUGGCCCGCCCGCCCGGGGUCCCCGAUGUUGACAAGAUCAGGGCGCUGUGGUACUAUUGGGCGGCAGCGGAACGCAGCGGAAGUGCGUCCAGACCGAGUCCAGACGCAGGCCGUGCAGGCCAGAGCCUCGCAGCCGACAAUUAGAGUCCCUGAAGCUAUGAAGUCGGGUGCGCUCGCGGGCAGGGCGGGCAGGGCGGCCGCCUUUGCGUUAGGAAAGUUUGUUUGGUUGCGGGAAAUGGCAAUGGGGCAGGAGGUAGGUUCGGAACGAGGGCGGGAUGAUGGUUGUGGGGGGGGGGGGGGGGGGGGUGCGCAGUCGUGCUCCAGACAAGGCGCUUCCACCAAAGUGCGUGUCUUCAAAUACGGGGGUAAGUGAUGCUUCGGAACUUUCCGAUAGAACCCCUUGCUUGCAUAACAAGGGCACGGCAGCUAUAACCCUUACAGAGAAGUGAAUAUUACCCUCUUAUCUACUUUGCUACAUUUUUCACAAAAAAAAAUUUAAAAAGAGGCUACUUUGUCUUUGGUGGUGUGGGAACGGUCCGUUGAUUGCAGUGGUGACUCUGGGGAUACGUGUGCGGGUUUCUUGAUUGCUUUUCUGACUCGUCAUGGUGGCGGCACUGGAAGGUACUGUACAUCUCCACCGCUGAGGCCUCGAAGGCCAAUUGAACGGGAGUGCGGCGUUUACCGCCUUUCCUUGCGUCUUUCCUCUCUGUGUUUCUCCUUCAACCCCAUUCCGUACACAAGGCCUAUGACAGAUCCUCUUUAGCUGCAUGGGAGAUGGAAGUGUAUUAUCUUGUCAUUUGUUUUUGUGUUCAAUAUAUGCUUGGUUUGACAAGAAUCCCUGUACUUAUCUUUGGAAGAAUAAAUGUGUUGUAUCUGAA